AUGGCAGGAGAAGAUUCCUAUAUUCUGGGAGUGUCUGAUCCCCAAAUGUUUGCAAUGGAUCAGUUAAUGGGAAUGAAUGCAUUAUUUAAUAAUACAAAUUACAUCACUUCAGACUUGCCGCUACGAACAGCAGAUGGACCGUAUCUUCAAAUCAUAGAACAGCCAAAACAGAGAGGGUUUCGUUUUCGAUACGUGUGUGAAGGGCCUUCACAUGGUGGACUUCCUGGUGCUUCUAGUGAGAAGAACAAGAAAUCAUACCCUCAGGUCAAAAUCUGCAAUUAUGUUGGACCUGCAAAAGUUAUCGUCCAGUUAGUUACUAAUGGGAAAUACGUCCAUUUACAUGCUCACAGCUUGGUGGGUAAAUUUUGUGAAGAUGGAGUAUGCACAGUUAAUGCAGGACCUAAAGAUAUGGUUGUAGGGUUUGCAAAUCUUGGAAUACUUCACGUCACAAAGAAGAAAGUACUUGAAACUCUGGAAACACGCAUGAUAGAUGCUUGCAAGAAAGGAUACAACCCGGGACUCUUGGUGCAUCCUGAACUUGCAUAUUUGCAGGCAGAAGGAUGUGGAGACAGACAGCUAACUGAACAAGAGAGAGAAAUCAUUCACCAGGCAGCAGUUCAGCAGACCAAAGAGAUGGAUCUCAGUGUGGUGCGUCUCAUGUUUACAGCCUUUCUCCCUGACAGCAAUGGUAGUUUCACACGAAGACUUGAUCCUGUUAUAUCUGAUGCAAUAUACGACAGCAAAGCUCCCAAUGCCUCCAACUUAAAAAUUGUAAGAAUGGACAGAACAGCAGGGUGCGUAACAGGAGGGGAAGAGAUCUACCUUCUCUGUGACAAGGUUCAGAAAGAUGAUAUUCAAAUACGUUUCUAUGAAGAAGAUGAGAAUGGAGGUAUGUGGGAAGGCUUUGGAGACUUUUCUCCUACAGAUGUACAUAGACAGUUUGCUAUUGUGUUCAAAACACCCAAGUAUCGAGAUGUCAAUAUCACAAAGCCAGCAUCUGUAUUUGUACAACUGCGUCGGAAAUCUGAUCUAGAAACAAGCGAACCAAAGCCUUUUCUCUACUAUCCAGAAAUCAAAGAUAAAGAAGAAGUGCAAAGGAAGCGGCAGAAGCUGAUGCCAAACUUCUCUGAUGGCUUUGGUGGAGGCAGCGGCGCAGGAGGCAGCGGCAUGUACGGAGGGGCAGGCGGCGGCGCUGGCUCUGGGUUCAGUUAUCCUUCAUAUGGAUACUCUGCUUUUGGAGGGAUGCAUUUCCACCCUGGCACAACAAAAUCCAAUGCUGGAAUGAAACAUGGACUAUCAAACAGCACAGCUGAAGGAGAUGGGAAGGCCUCUGAUAAACAAAGUGACCAACGGGACAUGAAACAUCAUGUGAAAGUGAAAACUGUGGAGAGCAAUGAGUGCAGAACCUCUGGUGAUAAUGAGAAGAAGGAUACUGCAUCUUGUAAAACUGAAGGGAAUGAAGCAGAUUGCAGGUGGCAGGGAAAUGUUGCUGUCAACAAUUUUGCUCAUCUGUCAUCAGAGCAGUAUGCAGGGAAGGAGUAUGUAGUGGUGUUCUGUGGCUUUGAGACAGAAGGUGUUGAUCUUGUCCUUCAUUUAGCAAUUAUCCACCUUCACGCUGAGCUGGUGAAAAACCUCUUGGAAGUGAUGCCUGAUUUGAAUUAUAAUGACAUCAUUAACAUGAGAAAUGACCUUUAUCAGACCCCAUUGCACCUGGCAGUGAUCACAAAGCAGGCAGAGGUGGUAGAAGACUUGCUGAAGGCUGGAGCAGAUGUCAGCCUCCUGGAUCGCCAUGGUAAUUCUGUCUUACAUUUAGCUGCUACUGAAGGAGAUGACAAGAUUUUGAGUCUGCUCCUCAAGCAUAAGAAGAUAUCUCCAGUGGUCAACCUUUUCAAUGCUGAAGGUCUCACUGCAAUUCACCUGGUGGUGAUGGCAAAUAGCAUGUCCUGCCUCAAACUGCUGAUUGCUGCUGGAGUUAAUGUCAAUGCUCAGGAACAAAAAUCUGGACGAACUGCACUGCAUUUAGCUGUUGAACAAGAGAACAUCCCUUUGGCAGGCUGCCUUUUGCUUGAGGGUGAUGCAGACGUGGACAGCACUACAUAUGAUGGGACAACUCCUCUUCACAUAGCAGCUGGAAGGGGCUCUACAAAAUUGGCAGCAGUUCUCAAGGCAGCAGGUGCAAAUCCUCACGCUGAGAACUUUGAACCAUUGUUUGAUCUGGACGAUGUGAAAGAUGAAGAUGAUGAUGAAGGAAUUGUGCCAGGAACAACACCACUGGAUAUGGCGGCCAAUUGUGAGGUGUAUGACAUAUUAAAUGGCAAACCCUAUGAGUCAGCAGUGAUUUCAGAGGACUUACUGACACAAGGACAUCUGAAAGAGGUGAAUGAAAGUUCCAAGAUGCAGCUUUACAAGCUGUUGGAAGCACCUGAUCCAAGUAAAAACUGGUCCACUUUAGCACAAAAGCUGGGUCUUGGCAUACUUACCAAUGCCUUCAGGUUGAGCCCUUCCCCAUCGAAGACUUUGCUAGAUAACUAUGAGGUUUCCGGUGGUACAGUUCAAGAGUUGAUUGCUGCUUUGAGACAGAUGGAUCACACAGAAGCCAUUGAAGUAAUUCAGAAAGCACUAUCCAUCUCACAAAGUCCACCUCACCAAGAGGACAAUACAGCAAAUGCUCUUCCAUCCUCAUCACCACUCACCUUUGUAAACAGAGACACAGGUGAGCUUUACAAUAACAAAUUUCAAGACAAUGAAAGCGUGUGUGACAGUGGUGUGGAGACCUCGUUUCGCAAACUGAGCUUUACCUACUCAGACUCUCUGAACAGCAAGUCAUCAGUAACACUGAGCAAAAUUACCCUAGGCUAUGGACAUGAAAGUUCAGUGCCAACCAACUACAUAGCCGACUAG